AAUAAAUUCUCGCGAAAGCUCUCCAUUUUUAACGGUUUGCCCAUGUAGUCAUCGCAAGAAACACAUAACAGUGUUGAAUGGAAGAAAAGUCGCCAAGCAGAAUUCAAUCAGUCUGUAACCAUCGUAGCCUUAACACCACAUAUAUUUCGUUGCGUUGGUCAUUUCAUUCGAAUAAAAAUAGAAUUAUGAGUUUUUGGAGUUUUGUUUAAAAAUUGUUUACACUUGUGCGGUUGCGAAUCAAUCAAAUCAUAAAUAAGCAAAAAUAUUGUCGUGACGAACUAUACUCAGUUUAGUGUGCUCAUUAUCAACACACACCUUACUUAUCUAUUGUUUUUCGAGCGGUUUUAACACGGUUUUUAUUCCGCAUAAGUAAAGAUAAGAUUAACAAAAACGACAAAUACAAUUGUUAGCCCUAGAUUUACAUUUAAAUGGACUUGUGUGUUUAAGUCAAUACCAUCAAGUGAACCGAGUGCAUUCCAAAGUUUUAAUUAAAUAAUAUUAUAAAAGAUGGAUUUACAAGCUCCACUUCCUCCACCACCACCACCCCCAACAAAUGGAAUGCUAUUUUCGAAUUCGAUAAAUCACCAUCAACACCAGUCACCGAUAAAUUUAAACACCACCCGAAAUAUGAGCGAUCGAAGUCAAUUAUUGAUUGACAUUGAAAGGGGAACGACUUUGAAGAAAGUGUCCGAAUCACAGAAUGGAUUGAACAGUCGCUACAUGAAUCAAAUCAAGCAGAUUUCCUCAUCGAACGAAUGCAAUGGCAUUGACAACAAUAAUUAUAGCGAAGAUGCGAUAAAUCCAAUCAAAAAUCAACUCCAAGCAGAGCUCUCCUCAACAUUGCAUCGUCGUCAGACUGGUGGCAAUAAAAAACCGAAUUUCAUUGCUCCGAAAAACACGACAAUUAAUGCGAUCAAUAACCAGUUGCGUGAAUUGCAAAAUAAUGCUCAAAAUCAACCUAUCACAAAUGGUAAAACUGCCACUGAUGCUAAGCAGACUAAACCAUCUACUGACGAUAAGGAUAAGGAGGAGAAGCCGAAAUUAUUGAUUUCUCAUGGCAAGCCAAAUUUUAAAAUUUCAUCAAAUGGGUCGAACUCCAAAAAGUUACUGGAGAAAGACGAGAAUGUCUCCGGUAAUGAACUGAUUGGAACACUACGACGAAGGCUAAAGUCGGUGGAGGCUUUAGAUGAAAUCGAACCAGCUGAAAGAUCAAAUGAUAAAUCAGUCAACGAACCGAAAUUUGUGCCGGAACCAAAGGUGGUUGUAGCGGAGCCAACAAAAAUCGUUCGGCAGCCACAAAAAAUUGUUCAAGAACAAACGAAUGUAUUCAAUAGUGUACCCAAGUCGCCAAUCGCUCCUCCUCUAUUCUAUAAAGCAUCAGUUAAGAAUUUUAGUACAGUCACAAGCAAUACAUCAGCAACUGAUGGUAACAGCGAAAUCAAACGAACAAUCAGACGACUGAAGUCUGUGGAGUUGUUGGAACAAACUGAGAAAUCCACCGACGACAAAACUGAAUUGAAUGACAUUCAGAGGCGAAUACAGAAUUUGAAAAAUGUCGAAAUCCACAAAAUCAACAGCUCAUCAAAUGGAUUCACCAGCGAAGUGCGCACAGACGAACACCAUAGAAUCGAGUCAAUUUCCGUGCGAUCAACAACCGAAACAGAUUGCUUUCAAUCGUCUCCAAUACUACCACGACGCGCUCAACUAUUCAAGCAACAGCAAAAUCUAGAGAACUCAAAGAUUACUUCACCGACGAUCCAUCACAUCAACCAUGGAAAUUCCAAUUACAAGGUGAAGCCGAUCACUUCAUUUGCUCGCGAUUUGCAAUUGGAACCAAAUCGCUAUCCGGAUACAGUGGCCGUUACCAAGACCGCAGAACCGGAACCGGUAUUUUUUUCGGAUAUUAAAUUUAUCAUUAAUUCGAAUGGUGAAGUUGUACGGUCGUAAAGCAAUGCGUGUACUUGAUCGACCGUUUUGUUCAUAUAUUGCCAUAAUUCACAACCUUUCACAGACGGCUGCAUCAUCUGUUAACGAUUCUGGAUGACAAAACAUUUAAGCAAAAGAAUUAAUGGGCUCGAUGUAUGUGUACCGAUGCUCUUGCCGUCCGUGAAAGGUUAAAAAUGUUUUUCGUUAAGAUCGGACGCUAAGAUUUUAAUUUGUCAAUAAAGUUUAUCAAAU